CGGUUGCAUCUCAUACAGAACCACCCAAAUAACUCGACGAUCAGACAUGCGCUGAUCGCCGGUGCUCCGAUGGAUUCACAGAAUGAAGGGUAUAGACCUUUUCCGGGUCAGAAUCAACUGCAUCGACCAUUAUCAAGCGUCGCCCACCCGUUAUGACCCUCAGUUCCGAAAUGAUGUGCGCCCAUCGCAAGUGUCAAAGGGCCCAAAGGUUCCGGUGGUGAGGGUCUUUGGAGCCACCGAGACUGGUCAAAAAGUGUGUGCUCAUAUCCAUGGAGCGUUUCCGUAUCUUUAUGUGGAAUACGAUGGCGGCAUGGGCAAGGAUGAGGUCGGCGCAUUCAUAUAUCGCCUUCACUUGUCCAUCGACCAUGCCUUGGCUGUCAGCUACAGACGUGAUCAACAUGGAGACGGCGCUCGGUUCGUAGCGCGCAUCACUCUGGUGAAAGGCGUGCCGUUCUACGGCUUCCAUGUUGGUUACCGAUGCUUCCUCAAGAUCUACAUGUUCAACCCCAUCGUCAUGAGCCGACUGUCGGACCUGCUACAGCAGGGUGUCGUGAUGAAGCGCAAGUUUCAACCAUACGAGGCUCACCUGCAAUACCUUUUGCAGUUCAUGACGGACUACAAUCUUUACGGCUGCGACUAUCUCGACACACGAAAAACACAUUUCAGGGCCCCGGUUCCUGAUCACGAUGAUGGUGUUCACUCCUCUCACAUUUGGCACAGCCAGUCUGUGACCCCCGACCAGGUUACCGAUGACCCUGCCCUACCCAGAGUCAGCCACUGCUCAAUCGAGGUGGACAUAUGCGUACAGGACAUACUGAAUCGCAAGCUCAUUCAAGAGCGGCCUAUUCACCAUGAUUUCACGGAGCGCGCCAAUCCUUUGCACAGCGAUGUCAAACUUGUAUCGAGCAUGGCGGGACUGUGGAAGGAUGAGACAAAACGGCGGCAGCUGCGGGCAGGCGUCGCGAAGAAAGGCAAUACGCCAUUCCCUCCCGAGGUCUUGGUCACCAUGUCAGCCGACCCACGCCAGUCACAGCCAAUGGGGUGGGUUCAUGAAGACGAGUACCGCGACCUUAUCAAAUCUUUGAUUGGAGAGGAGAAGCAAAGCUUGGGGGAACCAAUCUCCUUUGAUAAUUUCGCCCACACGUUGAGCAAUGGGGACGAGAUCAGGACAGUUUUCCAGUCUGUAGAAGAUCUCUACCCCGCAAACCUGCUGCCAUUACUCGGUCUCCCAGGCAAAGAUGCAGACGAUCAGCUAGACCCUACUGGGAGCAUCGAGGUCGACGAACAGAAAGUAGUCCGGGCGAGAACCGGCGAUGAAGACUUCUUUCCAGAGGAUUCAGACGAAGAGGCUUUACGAGAUUUGGUGCCCCAUGGUCCCGGUCAUGGAGAUGUUGAAGGAGAGCUUAUAGCGGCGGCUGGUACUGCUUCUGCUUCGGGCGGGAAUAAAGCUCUGGGUGAGAACAUCAAAGGGGUCUGCGCCAGUGCUCUCAAAACCGGCCAGAUUCCCAAAAUCCCGGUAUGCCAGGAGCUUCUCGACAUUGCGGAGGAUGAAGGCUUGGUGGGACGAAUCCGUACAACUGGCGACGAUGUGUCGUCGAUGACGCCUGCACGAAAGCGCAAGGGAUCUUUCACCAUGACGGCCUCUAUUUCCAAGAAAAUCAGGCCAACUCCUGUCACGCCAGCUCCUGGAUUCGCUACUGCGCCUAGACCCAGCCAGAGCACCGGCUUGAACAAGCAGUCGCUCAAUGCUAGCCAGUCUGGAAUGACGACUACUGGAAGACUAGAUUUCGCCGUUGUCAAGGAUCCAUCAGAAAACCUGCCCAAAUCGCAGAGCAGCCACGCCAGUCUCACCACGCCUUCUAAGAGCGACGGUGCUACUCCACGAAAGACUGUGACCUUUUAUCCACCAAGCUCGUUCGCUGAUUUGGGGUCACCGUCAUCUUACGGGCUGUCGUCAUCUUUCCAACAACUAGACGGCAAGCAAGCGCAAGGUCACCUAGAAAAAUUGCAGCGGUCUCUUGCGAGCGCUGCCAAUGGACCUCAGCUAUUUGUAUUUGCUCAGAUCCCGCCCGAGCCUAUGUCAGCUAGUUUGACCGCACUGGAUGAUCGUCUGCCGGACGUUGUCUACCAAGAAGCCCAUUACAGUAAAGAGGCAGAUGUUCCAUCGCGGACACGAGAGUACGCAGGGCGUGAAUUCAAGCUAGAGGGCAAUACCCUGCCAUUUUUGCCUGACUUUGACCCGAGCGGGCUCACCGUUGGGGUACAUUCUGGGAAAAGGGAUCAGCCCAUGGACAAAGCCGCGACGAAGCUUGCGUACGAGCGCCAGAGACAGAAAUGCACGUUGCGGAAUUGGGAGUUUGCAGAGCCGCCUCCAACGUACGACGAGGUGGCACAGUGGUGGGAUGAGAAGGGUGCUACGGCGGUGGCGCGACAGAAGCAAAAACACAAACUUUUACCAACGCAGAGACGCUACUUGUCUCAAAUUGAGGGUCCCACGCCAAGGAAUAAGCAUGGCUUCUCGUAUACGCAGAAGAAGAAGUCGACAAGUGUGCAGCAUGAGGUUCAGUACAUGAGCACCAUGAGCAUGGAGAUCCAUGUCAACACCAGGGGCAAAUUUGUGCCGAACCCUGAAGAGGAUGAGGUACAAUGUAUCUUCUGGUCUGUCAAAUCGGACGAGGUCGCAGCCAACAGCCAGGAUGCGGCCGACGACACAGAGUCUGGCAUGAUUGUCUUUUGCGAAGGCGGUGAUAUGAUACGGCGCAUCAAGCAGCAAUGCAAGGGGGAGGUUGUCCAUGAAAAGAGCGAGCUUGACCUGAUGGUCCGCAUGGUUGAAAUUGUGCGAACCCAUGACCCAGAUGUUUUGACAGGGUACGAGGUCCACGGGAGCUCAUGGGGCUUUCUGAUCGAGAGAGCUCGCCUCAAGUAUGAUUACAACCUCUGCGAUGAGUUUUCUCGCGUGAAGACAGAGUCGCACGGCCGAUUCGGGAAGGACGCAGAUCGCUGGGGCUUCACAACAACGUCGACCAUUCGUGUCACUGGUCGACACAUGAUCAACAUUUGGCGUGCUAUGCGCGGCGAGCUAAACCUGCUCCAGUACACAAUGGAGAACGUGGUCUGGCAUACUUUGCAUCGCCGGAUCCCCCAUUAUUCAUGGAAAACGCUCACCAGCUGGUACGUCAGCGGUAAAACCCGGGACUUGGCCAAACUACUUGGAUACUACCAAGCUCGAACCAAGCUCGACAUGCAGAUCCUUGAGGCGAGCGAGCUGAUUCCCCGAACCAGCGAGCAGGCUAGGCUGCUUGGCGUGGACUUCUUCUCGGUCUUCUCGCGAGGGUCACAGUACAAGGUCGAGUCCAUCAUGUUCAGGAUAGCGAAGCCUGAGAACUUCUUGCUAGUGUCGCCCAGUCGGAAGCAGGUUGGAGGACAGAAUGCGCUGGAAUGUCUGCCUCUCGUCAUGGAACCGCAGAGUGCAUUUUACAACAGCCCCUUGCUCGUCCUUGACUUUCAGAGUCUGUACCCAAGUGUCAUGAUUGCCUACAACUUAUGCUACUCGACCUUCUUGGGUCGCAUCACCAACUGGCGCGGCAUGAGCAAGAUGGGCUUCACCGAGUACAAACGGCAGCAAGGUUUGUUGGCCUUGCUGGAGGAUUACAUCAACAUUACGCCAAACGGGAUGAUGUACGUCAAAACGGAGAUUCGCAAAUCGCUGCUUGCGAAGAUGCUCACGGAGAUUCUGGAAACGCGCGUGAUGGUCAAGAGCGGCAUGAAGCAGGACAAGGAUGACAAGACCCUGCAGAAGCUCCUCAACAACCGACAGCUUGCCCUCAAAUUACUAGCCAACGUCACCUACGGCUACACGUCCGCUUCUUUCUCUGGUCGAAUGCCGUGCUCUGAAAUUGCGGACAGUAUCGUACAGACGGGGCGCGAAACCCUCGAGCGCGCGAUUGCCUACAUACACUCGGUAGAGAAGUGGGGUGCUGAGGUUGUCUACGGUGACACGGACAGUCUGUUCGUAUAUCUGAAAGGCAAGACGCGCGAUGAAGCGUUCGACAUUGGCAAUGAAAUGGCGAAGCAGAUCACCGACAUGAACCCCCGCCCUGUCAAGCUCAAAUUCGAAAAGGUAUACCAUCCCUGUGUCCUUCUUGCCAAGAAACGAUACGUUGGCUACAAAUACGAGAGUAAGGACCAGGUCAAGCCCGAGUUUGACGCCAAGGGUAUCGAGACUGUUCGUCGUGACGGCACGCCGGCCGAGCAGAAGAUUGAGGAGAAGGCAUUGCGGUUGUUGUUCGAAACCGCCGAUCUGAGCCAGAUCAAGGAGUACUUCCAGAAACAAUGCGAAAAGAUCAUGCGUGGCACAGUCUCCGUGCAGGACUUCUGUUUCGCCAAAGAGGUCCGCCUGGGGACGUACUCGGACAAGGGGCUGCCCCCCGCUGGCGCCCUCAUCAGCACAAAGCGGAUGCUGGAGGAUGCACGGGCCGAGCCGCAGUAUGGCGAGCGAGUGCCGUACGUCGUGAUCACGGGAGCACCAGGGGCGCGUCUCAUUGAUCGAUGCGUCGCACCUGAAGAGCUACUCCGCAACCCCCACUGGCAGCUGGACGCUGAGUACUACAUCUCCAAGAACCUCAUACCACCACUGGAGCGAAUCUUCAACUUGGUCGGUGCGAACGUGCGUGGCUGGUACGAUGAGAUGCCCAAGAUCCAGCGGAUCCACCAACACGGAGGUGGCCCGCGCAAGGCGACGUUGGAAUCCUACAUGAAGAGCACGCACUGUGUUGUCUGUUCUCGUAGGUUCACUGGCGAGGGCGGUAGCACACAUCAGGCUCUGUGCUUCUCCUGCCGAACUCGCACCGAUGCCUCCGUCCUUCGACUACAAAACAGGCUCAAAAGAGAGGAGAGACGAUACGAAGAAGUGCUGAGCAUUUGCAGAGGAUGCUCGGGUCUAGGCCCCUUGGAGGAUGUCGCUUGCGACAGCAAAGAUUGCCCAGUGUUUUGGACGCGCAUGAGACAGCUGGGCAAGGUCAGGCAAGAAAGGGCUGUGGCGGAACCUGUCAUGAAGGGGCUGAUGGAAGGGGUCGAUCGAUUAGCGCUGGACUGGUGAGCAGUGGUUUCCAUCGAUUGCUACCGCUUGCGAGGUGCAGUUGCUUUCAAGACCAAUACGAAGCCGAGUCUUGCCCAUGUUUGCCAAAUUUGCUUGCCAAGUUGCUUGCGAUGUCUAGAUGACUCUGAUCUGAAAACGGUGUCAUCUUCCCCUGAAGGCUAACUUUGCUUCUCGCUUCAGUCGACGCCCUGGCCUAUGGGGAGUCGAGAUUGU